UGUACAGCACUGGUCACUGGUGCAGUUGAAUAAUUUCUUUGGUUUUUGCUUGAAGUUGAAUUGAAAAAAAAUAUUCUUAAAAAGUAAAUAGACUUAAAUUGCGCAUAACAAAAUUUAAGCAAAUAUAUGUGAAAUUGAAGUGGAGACUAACACGUUAAUAAGGACUUAAAAAAUCUGUCGUGUGUCGAUCUAAAACAUUUUGUCUGUAAUCAGUGAAGGUUAAAAACUCUUCCAAUGAAUAACCAUAGCCGUUUUUAAAUUUUAAAAAAGCAAUACGAUAAUUUCAAAACAGCCAAGUACACAGAAUAAAAAGAAAAUAGAUUCUCAGAGGACCGUGCAUUGUAUUUAAGUUUUAAUUUUUUUCUACCUCGCUUUGAACGCGCUGCAAUGGCAUCAUCCUCUAUACUUUCCAAUAAUGCAAUAACACAACAUACAACACAAGUAACCCCAGUCAAUAGUACCGCUUCUAAUUCAACAAAAAGUUCUGCACACCUGACACGUAAGCGUUCGUACGAAACAGCGCUAACAGAUCCUGUUAGUAACGCCAUCGAAUUUGCGUCUACCGAGACAGAACACAUUGCAUCAAUGAAGCCUCCUUCAUCCUCUAGUGAAUUUAUGUCAACAGAUUCUGCUGUAAAUACUGCACUGAAAGAUUACACGCGCACAAUUUCACAAAACGAACCUGAUGAUGGUGAAAACUGCAGCAGUGAUUUGACAUCCAAAACCACAUUGGAAACAGCAGCAAGCCCUGUUAAAAAGAAAUACCUGCCCCCCAAAAAUUUGCAAAAUCUACCAAGUGUAAGCAGUGGCAGUUCUGAUAUUCAGACAAUUUGUAAGCCAGCACCGUUUUCCACAGACGAAGAAGCUGUACGUGAACGCGAACGAUGCGAUUACACCCACAGAAUCACUUAUCAAAUGGCUCGCAGUGGUGAGGCUAAUAGACGUGUACGCGUCUACGCUGAUGGCAUCUAUGAUUUGUUUCAUCAGGGCCAUGCUAGACAACUAAUGCAGGCAAAAAAUAUUUUCCCCAAUGUUUACCUAAUAGUGGGCAUUUGCAAUGACCAACUCACACAUAAAAUGAAGGGCCGGACAGUGAUGAACGAUUUUGAACGCUAUGAGGGUGUACGACAUUGUCGCUAUGUUGAUGAGAUUGUUGCCGAUGCACCUUGGACAUUGACCGACGAGUUUAUAACUGCUAAUAAAAUAGAUUUCGUAGCGCACGAUGACAUUCCAUACACAGGCGAAGGAGUCGAUGAUAUUUAUGGCUGGCUAAAAGCCAAGGGCAUGUUUGUUGCAACCGAACGCACAGAGGGCGUAUCCACUUCUGACAUAGUAGCACGAAUUGUAAAAGACUACGAUCUGUACGUCAGGCGCAACCUUGCUCGGGGCUAUUCUGCCAAAGAUCUAAAUGUGUCUUUUUUGUCGGAGAAGAAAUUCCGUUUACAAAAUAAAAUGGACGAGCUCAAGGACCGCGGCCGACGUGAAUUGACAAAAGUCAAGGGAGACAUAAUAACGAAAUGGGAAGAGAAAUCGCGUGAAUUCAUUGAUGCAUUCCUGUUGUUAUUUGGUCGUGAUCGCCUAAACACAUUGUGGAACGAGUCCAAGGGGAAGUUAAUUCAAGCCUUGAGUCCACCAGGAAGUCCAAGCGGUUCGGUAAACGGCGACUAUCUCGAAUAUGAUGAUGAUGAUGAUGAAUACGACGACGUUGAGGUGGACGACGGAGAAGCUGACGAUGGAGCUGCAUCUCGUGGUUCAAGUGACAAUGGUGCAGAAGCCAAUAUGCACAUAGAACACUCUCCCAGAGGCCGCCGUACUUAUCACAAACGUGUGGUAGACAGUCCCACAAUGUUACGCAAAACAUCUCAGCCCUCUCCUGACGAUGACGACAUCGAGUUCGAGCGCCGAAGUAACUGAAUUCAACAAAAAUCUACUUCGCAUCAUACAAAUACGCAGGAUGGCAAAGUUGCAGAAUAGUUUCCCUGUACCAUGUUUAUUCACAUAAACUCCAUUGAAAACGUUGCAGUUGACAUUUUACGUCCCCUUUUUGUACAGUGGCAAAAACACAAACACUUCAAAUGUUGGCUCUUUGUAAAGGUAUAGAAUAUGUAUGGAUUAGAGAUAACUAUACUGUAACUACAAAUCCAUCAUUUAGACAAGCGGAAAUGUGUUGAUGCGUAUUCUGUAUACUUAAACUAAUCCUGAACCUUUUUACGGUAAAUUACCUAUUUAAGUGUAAUGAGAGCUACCAAAUUUUAGCAAAUGAAACCUCCUCGCUUUAAGUUAACUUCAAAUUCUAUUAAUUUGAUUUAGAAAUUCCAAUUGAUUGAUUGUAUGUGAGAAUAUUUAUUCGUAAUAAUGGCAUUGUUUCCGAACAUAUACAAAAACUAUUUAUUAGAUUUAGUUGUAAAUUUAAUUUAUUUUAUGUGUAUACAUACAUAUAUUUAUAAAUUCCAGUCUCUAUUUCUUUCUUGGAACCGAUUGUUUCAUACUCAAUUUUCAAAUCACAUGUAAAAUUUCUGCGUUUAUAUUUAGUUAAUUUAUAAAUCCAAGUAUGUAAUACAAAAUGAAUUCGAGACAUUUCUUGGUUUUUGAAAUAACAUUAAUGAUGUAUUCAAUUACGGAAUUUGAAUAUUAUUUAAAAAGACAAAAAAUAAACUAUUUGAAUUGGGAAUAAACGUUA